CAAUCCUCCAAUCCCCCCCUCCGAUUUGUCUGAGCGAGCGCCGCCGCCGCCGCCGCCGCCGCCGGUUUGCUCCCGCCAUGGACCGCGACGGCCGCCCGGGAUGGCUGCCGUCGCUGGGCUUCGCCUUCCUCAGCUUCAACUGCGGGAUGGCCGUCUACCGCUCCUGGCCCGACACCUCAUCCGUCGCCUUCGUCGCCGUCGCCUACGUCGCCCUCAUCCUCCUCUUCCGAUGCCUCCACCUGCUCGAGCGCGGCCGCCACCAGGGCCAAGGGAUCAAGCUCGCCGUCUGGGGACUCUCCACGCUCCUCACGCUCAUGUUCUCAUCCAAGGUCGCCGCCAUCAUGCCGCCCUGGGCGCAGCUGCUCGUAUGGGCCAUGGGGAUCCUCACCAUCGCCGCCGGGUUCUACGCCUUCUUCCUCGUACGACCGGAGGCGCCCUGACCACCAUCCAUCACACUCACAUGGAUACUUUAUGAGCGAGGUUGAGCUUCCGGUUAGGUUGCCUAUGCCUUUGCAGCAUCUGAGAAGGGAAGAGCCCUGAAAGAUAGUAGGUUACAUGAACGUACUGGCAGUAUCUUUGAAUAAAUGGAACUCUGAUGUUUGAGAACAUUAGUUUGUUAUAUUGCCCCGGAAAGUUGUGAUAUGGAGGGGCUAGCUGUAUUUGUGUGGAAAGGUUUGCCUCUUCUGUGGGUUCGAUCUUAUGUCAGCAGAUCUAGCCGCUUAACCAAACCGGAGAGAUGUGCAUGCUUGUGUCUGCUUGAACCAAGUGCUACCUGUGUGUAUGUACAAUGUUUGCAACAGCCACCUCGCACCAAGCACAAGGCCACAACUGACAACUGAGGUUAGAGAGAGGACUUGAUGUUGGGCAUUGGACGAUUGAGAGCUGCUGAAUGCAUGUAAAAAGGAAGGCACCUUAAUUUAUGAAAAAUAGCUCCAAGUAAGUGUUACUUGAGUUAUUUGUAUUUGGAUGAUAGAUGCAUGUAAACAAUUUGCCUUCUAGCUA